UUUCUAGACAGCACUUUAAUGUUAACAGUUCAUCAUAUUUUAUUGUUUAAUGCAUAAUGAAAUCCGACGAUAAAUUUAAAAGUUCAUCUCCGUCACCUAUUUCGGUGUUGGAAAGUACUCGUAAAGACUUCGAAGCCCUGCUUGUAAGUACAAAUUCGUCAAGUGAAGAAGAUGAGGUGAAACAAGCCAAACAAAGAAAUCAAACUAGACGGCAACGAUUCAAGAAACAGGCAAAACACUGCAACAGUGUAAAAGAACAUGUGGAACUACAUGAGCUUCCUUCAAGACAACACAAAGCAAAAGAAAGUGCUCAGCAGGGCAUUGUGCAAGUCAAAUCAUCUCACAACAACCCAGCCUUUUGGUAUGAAGAUGAACAACAGCAUGAAAGGAGCAGUAACUCCAGCUCUUCAUCCCCUACAAAAUCAGACAAUGUAACAGAAGUGAAAUGUCAUGUUACUUCUCCGAUAAUGGUACAGUCAUCCAGAAAUCCUGGAGAAGUAGCCAAAAAUGACAGUCCUAUCUCAAAUGAUGUAAGCAGUGAUAAUGAAAAUAGUGAACAGAUAUUAAGUGUUGCAACAGCUGCAUCUCAGUCAAGAACUUCACUUUUAUCAUCUUCUUCUGUAAAAAGUUACGCAAAGGGAAAAAGCCAGAAAACUCAACAAACACCACAACAUCCUAUAGGUGAAAGCCCAUGUUCAUCAUUGAAUCAUCCUGACACAGAAGUGAUGAGUGAUUGUGAGCCAACAGUUGGGUCUUUGCCAUCAGUGCACAGUGUAUUGAAAUUAAUUGUUCACCAGUGUGAAAGAUUAAUUUUAGAUCAACCAACAAGCCAACCGUUGGUUGUAGUCCAUGCUGUCAGUUGCAAAACAGGCCGUUACGUCUUAAACAAUAAAGUGCCUAUUCCUCCCCAGUUUACGGGAGCCUGGAUUCAUCAAGCAUUCAGUUCAAACACGCUUCCUGAGUGGAAUCAAGAAAUGACUUUUGAAUUAGAUGCGGACAAACAUUUAUCAGAAAUGAUUUUUUUGUUCGAGUUAUUGAAUGAACCCAAUACGAACGUGAGUUCGCUACUGGCUUGGGGUUUCUUGCGGCCCAUAUCUAGGAUCGGCGUCAAACAUUUGAACAAAAAAAUUCAACUGCAGUUGUAUAAAGUACCAUUCCGUCGGCUAUUUCAUCAGCCAUCAAGACCGAAUAUCUCUGACCUAUUUAAUUGGUUCAGCAGCACGCAAAAAGAGAAAUAUCCCGCUACAUUAUACGUCACACUGGUGUCUUCUAAAACUUCUGAUUUUCCAGCUAUAAAAGAAGAAAAUCGAUUCAGUGUAGCGAGCCCACUGCGAGGAGGCCGACUAAGCGGACAGGCAUUUAAGCUACCGACCAGGCGAAGUUUUACAUACGAGGCCUCAGCAGGGGCCCUAAUGGCUUGCUACAGAUCCGAUGGAUCAUUUUUAGCCAUCGCUUUGACAAACGGAGAUAUCCUGAUCUAUCAAAACUCGACGAUAUCUUUAUAUCUUAAGGGACACCACGGCAACGUCUACGAUUUGCACUGGAAUACGAAUGAUCGUGGACAGGGUUGGCGCUUGCUGUCAUGCGGUUCUGAUUGUACUGCUCGAGUUUGGAACGAUACAAAUGACGUAGUUCUGCCUCAUCCUGCUUAUGUGUAUUGUGCCCGCUUCGGAGAUUCAGAUCGCAUUGUCACAGGAUGUUUUGAUCAGAUAAUACGAUUAUGGGAAUUAAAUUCGUUAUCUCCCCAACUGAUAGGUACUUAUAUGCAGCAUGCAGCACCAAUUAACAGCCUCUGCUGGGAUUCCGACGGACGACUAUUUAGCGCCGACGCAAUAGGAUCCAUUUGUAUAUGGAAUUUUGAUCAUUCUGGUUUACGCUUUGAACGGGUUCUCAAUGAAAGCACUGAUGAAUAUUGCAAUCAGACCCCUAUAAACUGCCUUAGUUUUCAUCCGUCUGGGGGCAGGUUGCUAGUCCAUUAUAGAGGAAAUAAAAUAUGCCUUCUAGACCCAAAGGCUGGUCGUCAUUUAGUUUCAUACACUGGCAUUUACAAUCCAAGACUUAGACUGAUAAGCAGCAUUAGCCCAUGUGGGGGUUUCGUGGUAUCCGGUAGCGAGGAUGGCUCUGUUCAUUGGUUUGACUUGGAGCGGGGAGAUUUGGUAGCCGUAGCUAGUUUGCAUACAUCUAGAGCUCAUCCCAUCAUGGCUGUCGCAUUCCACCCCAGCAAUCACAUUGUAGCAGUAUGUUCGUUAAGUUCUGAUUGUUGUUUUACUCUUUUGGAAUUCAACCAAGCUGAUAGCGACACACAGGGGUUUUCAAUUACCACGUUUCCGCGCACAGUUCAAAGUGCUGUUUCUCCUAUAGGAAAUGGUUUUAGAAAAAAUAGUCUCAUCCGGCGGGAAAAUUGUACGCCUACAUUGGACAAAUUGGGAAGAAUUUUCCGAAAAUUAGAUCUAGUCUUGGCUUGGUCUGAAUCCCACAAAACAUCUUUAGAAAAUGAAGAUUGUAUUUAACGAAUGAUUCAGCGGUACACUACGUGUCUAAAGGACUUAAAUCGUGGAAAUGUCUUACGUUUGAAUAUCCUGUUACAGUAAGUUUUAAUAUUGGAUGAGGAACGUGAAAACCACCACCAGCCAUGUUUUGAAGGGAUUUUUUUGUCCUUCAAAAAUUGC